AUGCGUUCCGUUUUGCUCUUAGGCUAUCUUUAUUUGUUGUGCGGCGUCACUUACGCUAGCUACGAAUGUGUGACUGUGUACGGGCAGGUCGUCUGCGAACAUGACUCGGCUCUGGAGAAUAAUGUAAAGGUCACCCUCUAUGACUCGGACUCGUUCUUGGGGAUGAACAUUUUUGGCGCGGACACCCUGAUGGGAACCGCCUACACGAACUCUGACGGCCACUUUGGCGUCUAUGGCUGCGCAGCGGACCCAGAUUUCUUGUUCAUCACUGACCGGCCGGAUCCAUAUAUCGUGAUUGAGCACCACUGUAACACGCUGGAGCUGGAAACCGUUCGUCGGGAUCGCGAACAAGUGUUCAUGCCCUUUCCGCAACGGUUACCCGAGGCCGUGAUGCUAGCUUCAGAAGCGACUAUGGCUCUGCACCGGCGGAAAAUGAAAAACAUGGCGCCACCACCACGUGCCUGGUUCAACGUUACAGCAAAAGCGACGGCGCAUGGUCGAAACCACUCGCGAGCAAUCCACGUUGGCGACGAGGUGACGCUGACCUGCGAAGUUCCACGCAUCAAUCGAGAACCUCUGCGCUGGUUUAAAAACGGGAUGCUGAUCCGUUCCGAGACGUUCCCGGCGACGGUGACCCAGAUCAAUUCGAUCGUUCUAAAGAGCGUUGCCGAGGCGGACAAUGGUAACUACGAAUGCUAUCACCGCGAAGCGGGCAAAUUGGCGCCUGUUGGAAGGAUCAAUAUCACGGUUCUUCCGGCAAUACAGGAAUCUGAGGAAUCGCGGCAGCUAGCAGAAGAGAGCAUCUUGGGAUUCAUGGACGCCGUGCUUGACCACCCCGAGCAAAUGCGCAGAAAAGCACCUUCACCACGGGUCUGGCAUAACAUUACUCGCUAUGCUUCUAGGUCCACCAGAAAUGAUACGGGUAGGAUCCAAGUUGGUGAUGAUGUAACGCUGAGUUGUGAGGUGCCCAAAAACACCGGAGAGCGUCUAGAAUGGACCAAAAACGGGACGUUGCUCGAUUCGGGGACCCUGCACGGUACCCUGACGGUGCUGAACACGAUCGCGCUGAUUAACAUCUCCAAAAGUGACGAGGUCCUCUACGAGUGCUUUUUCGUCAACGGUGAAAACAAAACGUUGGUUGGGCGGGAAAAUAUCGCAGUAUUCACACCCACAGCGCCUGAAGUGAUCAACACACUAAAUCAGACGCACUUCCUCGAUUAUGCCCAAACGGGCAGCUUGCAUUGUAACCUCACCGACGUCGACCCGGAAAACAUAAUUUGGAAGAAAGACGGGGAACGGGUUUCACCGAGAGCACACGACCCGGAUCAGCCGCAGCGCCUGGUUUUCUCGAAAGUCGGCAUUGAUGAUGCUGGCGAAUACGUAUGUAGUGCGGAACAUCGAGGCGUGGUGAAGGAGGCCGCACUGACGCUGAAAGUUGUCCACAGCCCAGUGCCGAUGAGCCGCGGUUGGCUGAUUGUCGCGGCACUUGUAUUUUUCAUCCUCCUGUGUGUCAUCGGUUAUUUAAUCGUAAGAUGCUAUGUACACUCGCGGCAACUCUCCAAAAUGCGACUGGCGCUCUGGAACCAAGGAGAGCCAUGGGAAACCCUGCGAAACGAACCGGAUGCGUCCCUGGAUCAACAGGUCGACAACUUGGCCUUUGAGGCGCAACGGUUCGACAUUUCGCCCGAGGAGUUGGUGCUCGGGCGGGAGAUCGGCUCCGGCAAUUUCGGGAUUGUCAGGCGUGGCUGGUUGAAGCGUCGGAACGCAAAAGGCGACGCCAAGGUCACCGUUGCCGUCAAGAUGGCCCGAAGCCAGCAUGACAUGGUGCAGCAGAAGAUGCUCCGCGACGAGCUGAAAAUCAUGGGCGCUAUCGGCGCUAUCGGCGAGCACGAAAAUGUCCUCCGGCUCGUCGGGGCUGUCACCAAGCAUAUGGGCUGGGGUCGCCUUUACCUCGUGCUGGAGUACUGUGAACGUGGAAGUCUUCGGCUGUACCUGAAAAAGAUUGGCAUGGACUCACGCUCACUGCCAGAGGCACCGCGCUACGAAUCUUCUAGCCGGGUGAUUCGAACGAUAUUUCGCGUGCCUGCCGACCGCCUCGAGGAAGCGUCUCCGCUAAUGGAUUCACACGGUCACGGCUCGAUAGCCGAACUGUACUCAUUUGCAAACCAAAUCGCCCGUGGAAUGGUUUUUCUCAGCGAUGUUCCUUGCGUGCAUCGGGACCUCGCCGCUAGGAACGUGCUGGUGACGCGGGACAAAAUCUGCAAAAUCGCCGACUUCGGGCUGGCUAAGCGGAUGCGGAACGAGUAUUACAAAAAAGCCCCAAACUCGGGCGAAUCGAUGCCUUGGCGUUGGAUGAGCCCGGAAGCAAUCCAGACAAAGCGCUACACGCAAGCGUCCGACGUCUGGUCCUUCGGCGUCCUGCUCUACGAAAUCUUUUCGCUUGGUGCGCAACCGUACGUUGGCAGGGAGGUGUACCUAGAAGACCUGCAAGCUGGACUUCAAUGUUCUCAGCCGCAAUAUGCAGAUGAUACUCUUUAUUCACUCAUGGAACGAUGCUGGAAUCUGGAGCCCACGCUGCGGCCCAAAUUUAAGGACUGCGUCGAGUCACUGCAAGAAUUGUCAAAUCGGAAGCCGUCGGCAACCGAGACGUCGGGCGAAUGUUUGGCAGUUCACCAUCAAUAUCAGAGUCUAAAUCCAUACGAGGAAGUAGAG